AUGAACGAGCUGGGGGAGGAGAUUGAAGAUGUGGAAGCCCUGAGCCAAAGCGGGGGCGGGUCAGAUGCGGGUGCAGAUAUGGAAUCGGCCACAGGCUACAAGGGAGGGGCUGCGGUUGACUCGGCAGAUGCAAACGCGGCCGACGCAACCGCGGCAGAUGUAGGAGGGCUAGGCGGCCUGGGAAGCGGCGCCCUGGGAAGCGGCGCCCUGGGAAGCAGCUCCCUGUACAACCACCCAACGGAGAGCGCCCAGAAAAUCCUAAAGACACACGUAGACGAUUACCUGAAGCAGCUAGACCUUUACAAGAGUAACCCCAAGUGUAGGAUCGACCCCACGGUCUACCUGGAGGGGACGGAGGAGGUAGAAAAUUACGUCGUGAAGGAGAAGAUACUCAUAACAACGUAUUACCAAUAUAUAGAUGUGUAUGAAAAUGCCAUAGAUGUAGAGGAGGAUCUAGAAAGGGAAGAAAUCGUGUACGUGGAGGUUCCAAAAUAUGUAACCAAAUAUAACCCCAAGGUAGUAACAAAUUAUAUAGAAAAAACGAUUGAGGUGCCAAGUGGGGAGGAAAUAAAAAGACCCAUAUAUAAUACGCUGAAUGUACCUUAUGUAGUCCCACAUGUGGUGGAAAAUGAAACGCUAGUCGUUUUAAAAAAAAUCAUUCAACCGGAGAUCCACACGUCCAAUGAGGAGAUAGAAGUGGAAGUGGAAAAGUACGUCCCUCGCUUAGUGCCUGUGAAUGUCUAUGUGCCUCGGUACUUUGGAUUAUCUGCAAAGACGACGGAUGAGGUGGAGCAGUCCGUUCAAUACGUUGGCCUUACCCAGGAACAAACGGACCACCUCAUAAAGGAAUUGAAUCCCCAUUUGGAUGAGUUGAAGAGCUUCAACGAGGCGCAAGUGAAACGGAUGGAGGAGUGCAUUCGCCAGUCUGAGCAACAGGCCAGGAGCCACGACUUGGACCCCCCGCAACCGGAACUCGUGUCCUACGAACUGGACGGAAACACCCGGGCCCUCGACUACGGGGACUUCCCCCAGUUUCAGGACGCCUGCCUCAGCCAGUUGGCCUGUUAG